AUGUUUUUACUAGCCCGCACUCUCGAUGGCUAUCGCGAGGAGUGGGGAUAUCGUUUGAGUACCCCGCUGACGAAAAGAUGGUGGUCUGUUGUGUGAGUGAUGAAUGCGAGCCACUUGCUUUGGCUCCUAAGUGUGAGACGACCGUAGCAUACGUAGUCCAGAACUUGCCUAGCUAAGCAGCGCAUGAUCCGGGUAACAUUGGGACAGGCAGCAGAGGGCCAUAAAAGGCGUUCUGUGUCGGGGUCGGAUCUCGUCUCAGGUUUGUGUCUCUGAUCCUCAGUCAGAUUGCUACAUCGUCCUGAACAUCACCGAAAGCUUUUGUCAUCUGCUGAAAAGACCUCUCGAUGAAGUUCCUGAAGGCUAUCGUGCUUUGCGCCAGUGCGCUCGUACUUAUCGGUCCACAGAUUGCUCGAUCGCUUCCGCUUGGCAAUGUGAGUUCAAAGGGCGGCAGAAGCCUUCCAGGACGGUGCUGCUCAACUCACGAAUGCUUUUCAUACGGGCUCAAAAUUUUUUGAGAGAAGGCUUUCAAGAAGCUGUGCUGCUCAAAGGAAAAGUCCUUAGCAUCUGGCAGCUCGGACUCCGAUGUUUUCGUUCCCCUCAACAUUCCAGCAAGCCGUUAUAAGCCAUUCAACAAGCACAUGGAUGAAUACGUGGACCCGGUGAAAGAUGAAGAUCAUCACUAUGGGGGUCUCAGAGACCCAUUUCACCCGAACGACCCUACCAUCAUCCCGCCCAAUGCGUGGGAGAAUACCGGUCUUGCCCACGAGUCUUUGUGGGAAGGUACUUCGCACCAGACGAAGAAGAGGGCUUUCUGGGCCUUUCCGGGCACCAGAUGGCAAGUAAUGCCAGAUGGCGAGCUGCACCAAGUGGAGGGUGAAGGCGUCCCAAAAAGGGUGCAAGCGAAGCUGAGCGAUCACAAGUUUGACGCCAUCCACAAAGGAGAGGUGGUAGGCAGGUUUGAGUUGCCCUUUGAUCCAUCUGGCGGGCAGGUUCCGCUCAAAAAGGGUGUCUACGACAUCGAACGGGAGCCAGUGCAUGGGCGAGGAUCUGUGAUGAGACCGAAUUGGGAACAGGCCUUGAGGACCAUGAACGAAAUGCGUGUCAAGCAGAGGAUCGCGCAGGCAAAGGUCCAAGCAGAAGCCAAGCCCGCCCCGGGCCCCGUUCCGGCACCGGCAGAGCAGAUGACGGCAAAGCAGGGAGCCGCGACGAUGCCAGUAGCAGCGGAACAAGGUCCAGCAAAGACCCCAGAUCAGGAGGAGCACCCGUGA